AUGACUUCCUUCCAAAUCACAGAAGAUCUUCUCGCUCAGGAGAAAGCUUGGUUUCCAAUCAAUGCAGAUGUUGACUCAGAGUCUGAUGAUUCAUCAGAGGAAGAGCAUAGUCCCGAGCCAGAGGAGUCAAUCCAGGGUCCUUCAACUGGUUUUUCCAAGCGCGGACCGCAGAAACACGAUUGUGAUGUCCCACCAAAGAAAGACAAGAAGAAAGACAAGAACAAUUGUACUCCACCGAUUGCCCCGCCUCGUAAGACUACCCAACCACCUCCGGAAAAGAAGCCCAACCCAGUCAAUUACUCAACCGGCCAGACCAAGCAGGGAAAGUCUAAGUGA